CGCAUGAGCACAUGAUAAAUUGAUUUAUUACUCGUCAAGUAUCAGAAUACGCACCGUUGUCUUUAUAGUUCAUCGUUACUUGUUAAGAAAUAAACUUUUGCUUUUAAUAUUUGUGGCUGUUAUGACUUUCAAUGGAUUACAAGGACUAUCAAUUGCUAUUUGUCUGUUUUUCAUCCAAGCGGUGGAAAGCGAGACAGGAAGUUAUUCAACGCCAGAAGAAAAGCAAGGUCUGCUAAUUAAAAAUCUACAAAGUUAUGACAUCGACUUUCCAACCAUCACAGAUAGUGAAAAAAUCCAUUUGGGAUUUCUAUCUGACGGAGAAAGCAGACCAAGACGUAGGAGAGCAAUAAAUGUUGCAUAUGAAAAGGAAUUUUUUCAUUAUAACUUCAAAGCAAAUGGCGAGACCUACAACAUGAAAUUACGAAUAAAUGAAGAUCUUUUUGGGCCGAACUUUGAAGUUGAACAUUACUAUGGCGACAAGAAAGGGCAAAGUGUAAAAAUGAAUGAACAUUGCUAUCUGAUUGGUGAAACCAUCCCUCAGAAGCAUCAAGUGGCUGUCAGUGACUGUGAUGGAUUGCAAGGAGUUAUCAACAUCGACAAUGACAUGUUGUUUAUUGAACCACUUCUCAAUGAUUCUUUUGUGGAUAAAUCACUAUUGAACAAAACUGGUCGCCCUCAUCUUAUUUAUAAACACAGUCAUUUAUCAAAGAAUAACAUGGGAUUGGACGCUUUAGAUUUUAGCACAAGAAUUGAACCAGCUAACAGACGAUCUCCAAGACCACGUACGAAAAUUCACUACAGUUAUUUAACAUUCAUCAACAGAAGCGGACGAAUAGUUAAGUUGAUGUGGGUGGAUGCAAGAAAAAAGAGAAUGUAUUUUGCAACGUUGAUGCCGGGGACAUCACGAAAGGUGAACACUUUCACGGCACAUAGAUGGCUUGCAGUUGAUGAAGAUACAGGGAAACAACUUUUGAUUGGUAACAGGAGACAAUACAUUCCAAGGAAGAAUAAACAAUCAAGGAGAACAAAUGUUUACAUUACUUUACCAAGGGGUCUGAAGCUAACUCCUACAAGUGAAGAAGAAAUUCGCAGGAAAAUUGGAGUGAAAUACAUUGAAUCAAUGGCCGUUGCAGAUAAAUCUGUGGUGAAAUUUCAUGGCAAAGACAAAGUUGCACGUUACAUUCUUGCUCUUAUGAAUGUGGUCUCUUAUAUUUUCAAACACAAGUCAAUUGGAUUCGAUAUUAAUUAUGUUCUUGUCCGCAUCGUUCUCCUACAUAAAAAACCGAAAGGCGUGAGGUUUUACAAAAAUAAUCCGGGCAAGAGUCUUUUGUCUGCAUGUGAUUUUAUGCACAAAAUUAGAGAAGGUCGAACAGAUGACGAUCCAAAGUUUCAUGAUCAUGCUACCUACUUGACAAGACGAAAGUUCGGUACAGCAGCGGGCUACGCCCCUGUUUAUGGCAUGUGUCAUCCUGUACAAAGUUGUACUCUCAAUCUAGAAGAUGGUUUUCCAUCUUCAUUCAUCAUAGCUCAUGAGACCGGUCAUUCACUAGGUAUGGAACACGAUGGAGUAAAAAACAGAUGUUCAUCAGUGAAAAGACAUGGUAGCAUUAUGGCAGAUAUAGUUCAAUCACGAUUAAAUCGUUUCCUGUGGUCAUCUUGUAGUCGUAAGGCGUUGGUGGCAAGUUUGAGGAACUUUCAAUGUUUAAAUGAUAAACCUGGCGAUAAAUAUAAAGAAGAUUUGCCAUUCUUGCAUAAGUAUCCGGGAGUACAUUACACAACAGAUGAUCAAUGUCUUUUUGACUUUGGAAAAGGAUACAAAUUUUGUACAGCUUUUUACCGCGAUCCCUGUCAAGUACUGUGGUGUAACAUGCCAUCACCUUAUUCUCAUCUUUGUAAGAGUAUGAGAUCACCUGCUUUAAAUGGUACUAAAUGUGGUCACAAAAGGUGGUGUGUCAACAGUCGUUGUGUCCGACGAACGGAGCAAAUAAAUGAUCAGAAACCAGUUCAUGGCAAAUGGGGUGAUUGGAAAAACUGGGGUCCAUGCUCUCGGACAUGUGGAACAGGUGUUCGCAUACGCAAGAGGUCAUGUGACAGCCCAGCUCCGCAGCACGGUGGUAAAAGUUGCACAGGAAAAUCAACCGAUCACAAAGUUUGCAAACUUAAGAAUUGCAUAGAACGGCAACCCUUACGAGAUGAAGAAAUGAAGGAUCAAUGUAUAAGUAUUGGAGAAAAAAAUGAUCGCAGACCAUGGGCUUUCUACGACGAGACUUUGGUGAAUCUGAACUGUACAUUUGAAAGAGGUUUGUGUAUGUGGAAAAACCUAAAACGAGAUGACCAACGCGAUUGGACAUUAAAUAGAGGCAGGACACGAACAUCGCGAACAGGACCGUCAGUAGAUCACACAACUAAGUCCAGGAAUGGCCAAUACAUCUAUUACGAGACAUCGAGUCCAGCAAAAAAGAACAACAAAGCCGCUAUAGCCAGUCCCGAUCUUGGAGUAAAACGAGGUUGUCUCUCCUUUUACUAUCAUAUGUUUGGUAAAGGAAUGGGUACUUUACAAGUCUUAAUUAGUAAUAAUCAUGGUCGUAAAGUAUUGUGGACUCAAGAUACGAACAAAGGAGAUGAAUGGUUUCUAGCACAGGUCGACAUCAAAGAGGAGAGUUUAUACAAUAUCAUAAUCGAAGGAACUCGUAAGGAUACAUACACAAGUGACAUGGCAUUGGAUGAUAUCACCUUUAAAGUUGGUCUUUGCAACAAGAAUAACGCAGAUAAAGUGAAUCCUUGCGUUGUAUCAUGCGUCACAGAAGGUUCAAGAAAGAAAAUUAUUAUGAACAAUCAUGUUAGAGAUGGCAUUCGCUGCUCGGACAAUUCACCAAACAAUAUAUGCAUCAACGGAGUUUGUAGGAAAGUUGGUUGUGACCAAGUAUUGGAUUCUCGCAAGAUAUUCGAUAAUUGUAACAUAUGUAAUGGAAAUGGCUCAACGUGCUCAAUAAACACAGGAAAUAUUUCAUACACUCCAAAACAAGACAUGGAGAUAUUUUUAAAUAUCCCAGAAGGAUCGUCAAACGUAAAUGUGCAAAAACGAUCAAAUCCCAAUCAACUGCUUGUGUUAAGUGUAAGGGAUCCCAAAGAAAGAGGAAGAUUGACACAUGUUAUAAAUGGAAACGAUAAAGAGGCAAAACCAGCAAUUUAUAACGGUGGAGGGACCCAGUAUGUUUAUACAAGAGAAUUUGGCGACGAAAUCAUCAAAUCAAUUGGAAAAGUUCAACAAGAGAUUGUUUUAAAUAUAAAGGCUAAAAGGAAAGGCGUCUAUUCGCCAGUGAAAGUGACAUACGAAUUUUAUACAACGCACGAUGUAAAACAAGCAAAAAUUGUAACAAAACUUGAAACUACUGCAAAAGAAAGUAACAUUGACAGCAACAAUACACAGCACACGGUGUUGCCAAAACUUCAAACGACAUCGAAAACAGAAAUAAAGAAUCUCACUCGCUGGGAGGUUUUAAAUACAUGGACAACGUGCAGUAAAACUUGUGGAAGGGGUAAAAAGUAUUUGGUUCAUCGUUGCAUGGUUGGUGACGUUCGAAAACCCUGGGCAUUUUGUCAUCAUAUAAAAGUCAACAAGACGAAAACGUUCAGACACUGUAACACUUUUCCUUGUACAAAAAGAUUUGUCUGGGUAACUGGUUCGUGGAGCGCAUGCUCAAAGACUUGUUCCUUUGGGAUAAGAACGCGAAAUGUCACAUGUAAAGGUUUCCGUCAAUAGAACGGUGAAGGAUCGAAAGUGUAAACAAAAA